GCAAGGAAGGCAGCAGAGAUCUGGGUUUUUCACAAUAAAACAGGAUAUAUUCAGAGGGCAUUUGAACUCAACACAAAACAAAGAGAUCUCAACAACAUUUAGUGCGUAAUGACGACGGCAGCUCCGUUGUUGGCGUUUGGUGGUGAAGCUCACCUGCACCAGCUCUGUGAAGAACGAGAAGCUGAGCCAGAACUUAAUGCAGUGGACUGUUGCGGAUGUUGCCAGUUACUUCUCAGAGCAGGCUGUGGCGUUUCGAACACAGCCGGGCUGGCCAGGUGUGCCUCGUCACAGAAGCGUAGCACCAACCCUCCGGUUCCCUCCCAGUGCAACAGCGAGGAGGCGUGAAGAUGGCUCCCACGCCUCACUUUGACGAUUAGUCCUGUUGAGACCCGGUAGGCAAUCAUCUAUAAUGUAUGAAACGUCCGUUCAGCCCAUCACCUCUGGCGAACGCCGAGCUGGACCGGAGGGGGUUUGGCGCCGGGCUGGAAGUGCAGAUGGACGGCGAGCCUUGCUGCGACACCCAGGACGAAGGUGCAGUGCUGGAUGAGCAGUCACUAGGGGGCGACCUGCCUUCUGCACUCUGCAGACCCAAAAGGGAGAGAAAGCAGCGGAGCUACACAAUGUGUGACGUCUGCAACAUCCAACUCAACUCAGCCGCACAGGCCCAGAUCCACUACAACGGCAAGUCCCACCAGAAGAGACUCAAGCAGAUCAGCAACGGCAAGAUGCCAAGUAACACAGGUACGUCGGCCCAGGGCAGCCCCCUUCUGGCUUCCCUCCCCGUCCCGGGACGACCUCUGCAGCCUCAGCUCGACCUCAAACACCUCCUGCCCUUCAGACUCAAUGGAUCCUCCCCCCUCAGCCUCUUCCCCAACUUUAACACGAUGGACCCUGUCCAGAAGGCAGUGAUCAACCACACAUUCGGCGUCCCUCAGCCCCUCAAGAAGAAACAGAUUAUCUCCUGCAACAUUUGCCACCUGCGCUUUAACUCAACGAACCAAGCAGAAGCCCACUAUAAGGGCCACAAGCACGCCCGCAAGCUCAAAGCCAUGGAGGCCCAGAAGAACAGGCAGCGACGAGCCGGGGAGGCCUCGUCCGCAGGAAGGGAGAGAGACCGAGACAGAGACCGGGAACGAGAUCGGGACAGGAGCAAGACAUCCACAUCCGAGGCAGCUCUUCCUGCGCUCAUGGAUACAAGCUCAGUGGAGGGAGCAAGUCCUCAGUCUGACCAAGAACCCGCCAACCCGGAGGGAAAGCUGGAGGAGAGUCCCAGGAGCUCAGUUAUGCUGACGCCAGUAUCCGAGGUUUCCUCUGUGGAGCUGGUCACUCUUUCCCCUCCUCAGAUUUCGCCUUCCUCACAGCUCUCAGAGACCGCCUCAGACACCAGCGCCCCAGAAGCCCCAGAGGCUAUCGAGGCCGCGGGCCCCAUCACAGAGUCAGGCAGCCAUGGAGACGCGUCCAGCAUAAAGGAGGAGCCACGUACAGACGAGGACAAGGACCCCAAGAAGAGCAAGGCUCACCUCCACUGUCCUGUCUGUAAAGUCACAGUCAACUCCGUCUCCCAACUGGAAGCACAUAACAGCGGUACAAAGCACAAACUGAUGCUUGAGGGUCACAGCGUUCUGCCUCGGCGCCGGGGGAAGGUGGUGGCAGCUCGCGCCGGCUGCAAGAGCAAGAGGCUGGCUAGCAAAGGCAGCAUCGGGUUGCCCACCAAGAACUUUCAGUGUGAAGUGUGUGAGAUCUUUGUGAACUCUGAGACCCAGCUUAGCCAGCACAUGAAUAGCAGAAGGCACAAGGAUAGGCUGGCCGGAAAACCACCCAAACCCAAAUUUACCCCCCACAGCAAGAGCCAGCCGAGCACCAGCUUAGCGAACGUGAGAUGGAGUGGCUAUGCAGGCAUGGCUGUGUCUGCCAUGAAGAAAGCGUUCAGCCAGUACAAUCUCGCCUCCCUCUCCUCGCAGACCAAACUGGCCUUGCAGAAGCAGCUGACCAAGACCUUGACAACUGGCUUCCUGCCCAGCCCCCUCACCCAACCAACUCUGUGCACAAUGGCAAACCCUCUGGCUCUGCGCCACCCAGUGGGCACCACCUUCAUCCAGUCCCCCUUCCUGGGCCCCGCACUGUUUCGGCCCGCCCCGGGGCCGCUGCGGGCCACACACACACCCAUCAUCUUCUCCCCCUACUAAAGACUUGACCCUCUUCCCAUCUGAGCUCCACCCUCGUCCCUUUACCGAACCCCAGGCCCUCCUUUAGUGUGACCCACAUGACGAAGGCCACACGCAAACUAUGCAGCCCGCCUGACUUACAAUGGAGAGAGUGCACAAGUCCUGACGCUCGGUAGGCCGUUGGGCCCGAGAGCUGUUCCUAUUACAAAGGCCAAGAUCCCCCAUCAUGCCUUCUUUCUGCUCCUCUUAUCAUGACCUAAGGAGCAGGACAGGCCUCCAGACAGUGACUGGUGCACAGAGGCCGCUUUUAUAGCCAUCUCAUGGGUCAACAUUGUUUGGAUAUUAUUGUGUAAUUUAUUAGAGAACAAAUAUAGACGAGUCUAGAUGUAUGUUUAGUGUGGUUGCCACAAAAUAAGGUCCCUUUACUUGAUGCUCUUUUAAAACGUUUUUAACUUAUUGGUUUGUGGGAGGAUCAUACUGUAGGUCAUUAAAGCAGCUGAACCAGCUCCCGUGUGGCUGGACAGUGAUUUCAGUGUUUUCAGCUAACAAGCUUAAAGGACCACCUGCGCUGUCAUGUUUCAUCUUGAAUAUGGCGAUUAUCAAACUGUCCUAUGGGUGGUAUGUGAAGCUAUAAUUACAUAUUUUUAAGCCCAGUUAGCACCGUUUUGCACCUCCGGCUGUUUCCUCGAGCCCUUAACUCGUAACUUUCUGAGUCACCACCACAGUCACAGCCCCCCUCUCCUGUAUCCCCAGGAUUAAACUCUCAUAAAGGUCCACAAAAGGUCAGCUUGUCAACUUCACUUUGUUUCAAUUUGCAAAUCUGUUUUAGGAAGGAUUUUUUUUUUCAGUGCAUCAUUCAGCUUGAACGUUAUGUUCUUCUUGCCAAACUAGCGGCGCAGAAAACAUUUUUUUUGCAGCUACGGAUGUCUUACAUUGCAAAAUGCCAUUCCCUCGUGACUGCUCUUUUUCUUCCCCCCCUUCCUCCUUCACCCCGCUGUCACCUGGCUGUUGCUCUUGAUUUUCUGUGGCGUGAUCUCAGCGUGAGAUGAUGAUGAUGAGGAGCGGGAAAAGCCUCCCUCCCCUCCCAUCUCAUCACACACAUAAUAAAAAAAAAACACAACGGAUAACUUGAAGACUUGAUGGGAUUUCAGAGCUCGGUGAAAAGUUUGGCUGACAGUGGGUGGGGAAGCUGCUCAGCCAGCUCUUGAUUGACAUCCUGUUGCAGUGUCUGCGCACAGCGUGGGAAGGAACAAAGCACAGUGCCAUGGCAACCACAUUAAAAGCACCUUAAAACUGAUUUACUUACAAAAGCAAUGAAAAUUGUGUUGAUAUUCGCCUUUGUUUUGCCCUCGAUGUAUGUAUUUACAAUCCCAUUUCAUUUAAAAGAAAAAAACAAUCAGGUGAGAAUGAUUAUGGUUCAUCCAUAAUUAAGACAAAGUCUCACAUUUAAAGCAAUAUGUUUAUGUUUAUGAUGUGUUUUCAGUGUGUCGAUGGCUUUAUCUAUUCUAUACUGUACACACCUGUAACAAUGUAUUAUGUACUCCAACACAGCCAAGGGCCAACUUCUGAAUCGCCAGUCAUUAGAAAUGAGGGGUUGUCCCGUCGGUGCUGCCCUUGACGCUCAUGGUCCCUCUCCACGUGUUGUGACUCUCCGGGCUGAGCCGUUCCCAUUUAUAGCUGCUCUCGCUCUGCGGAGAGAGGGUGCUUCAGCGCCAUAUGACAUUGCCGUUUCACUUUUUAGUGGAGCGGGAGGGGGGAACUUUUGUAUGACUUCCACUGAGCAAAACAAUGUUACGUCAGAGACAAGUGUUCGGGAUAAGUGUCACAAGUGCAACAUCAACUGUCUGUUCAUGCCCGCGUGCUGUUUCUCUACUGACACUCCUCUGCCUACACGGACCGUCGGCGAGGUCUCAUAAGGACAUCAUCCUUCCUUCAUACCAAAUCAUGUACUCUUAAAUCACAGUAAUGGAGCCAACCCUAUGCAUUUCUCAUUGUGCAAUAUGUAUAGUCGUCUGUGAUGCAGCAGUGCCAUCUGUCGUAAGAACCCUGUAAUUGCCAUCCAGUACUAGUGCUUCUACAAAACCUUUAUGUACGUUUCUGUUUAAGGAGCCCCAAGUCUUUGUGGGUAAGCGAGGCCAUACUGAUGUGAUUCUCCCCAGUCGCACUACUCAGUGAACCAGCCAGCCUUUAAUCGUCACUGUUUGUUCGUUUCUAUCGCUCAGUGGGAACUCUGACCUAAAGAACUGAAACUUUCUUAAAAUAAAUAAUCUAGAGAAGGCAAAUUAUAUGUAGAAACCAUAGAGUAACUAUAGAGAUUUUAUCAGAGUUGUUAUCUGUAUCAUAAUGAACUGCUAUCAUAGAAGAGUAUGUUAUUGUAGGCUCUGUGCGGCAUACAGGGAAAGGAAAAAAUGCUUUCUUUUUGUUCUUCGUUUAUUUACCAACAUGUUUUUUUAAAGUACAACAGAAAAUAUUUAAAAGAUUUUUUGAGUGAGCUUUUUUUUCUUCUCCUUGUUGACGGUGACUGAAUUAAUAAUGUAAUUCAAGGCCUUUUUAAGACGAUAUCCUAAAGUCACAUUAGCCAGGCCUUCUCAGGGGUGACAGGUUGAGCAACAUGACCAUCCAUUCAGGGUAUCCCUCCACAGCUCUAGAGAGCAGGAAACACUGUACGCAUGGAUGGAUUGACACAAAAUAAACUUACAGUGCUGUACCAUAGAGAGGACAAGGGAUGGAUUUUGGAAAAUAAAGCUUUUAGAACUUGUAACAAAAUGGUUUUAAUGAUUAUGUGAAUGUGUGUGUUCCUGCGUCAUGGGUAAAAAUGAACAACAUCCCAGAAGGCUUUGACUCAGAUUGAUAUUUGAGCGGUAACAAUAUGUGUGGGUGUGUGAAGAAAUGCUAAUGAAUAAACAGUGACAACAUGAAUGCUCA